AUGAAGAACCUCGUCGGAGCUACUCUGGUGACAGUUGCUGCCACAGCUACAGCAACUAGCACAUCUGCUCCUGCAGCGGGGCCAACUGGAGCCAGCUAUGCCUCUGGCUUUGACAUGACCAAGAGCUGGGCCAAUCUUAGCCCCUACAAGGACGCAGACAGCUUCGGUGUCCCCAAGGGCGUACCACAAGGAUGUGAACUGUCUCAAGUCCACGUGCUGCAUCGCCAUGCUCAGCGCUUCCCUACAAAUUAUCCGCUCGAUGGCGAAGGGAUGACCGACUUUGCAGCAAAGUUGACCAACUACAGCAAGGCUAACCCGGACAAGCCUGUGACUGUCGGCCCUUUGAAGUUCUUGAACAACUGGGAAUAUGUCAUUGGCGAGGACACCCUGAUGGAGAACGGUGCAGCCACCGAGGCUACAUCCGGUGCCAACUUCUGGAUUAAAUACGGAAGACUGCUGUACCGCGCUGGUCGCGAAAAUGUGGCUGCUUGGAGCUCCUCUCUCAAUGUUUAUACAAACGGGACCGACCGCCCCAAGCCCGUUUUCCGCACAACCUCUCAAGCCCGCAUUCUCGAAAGCGCGCGCUGGUGGCUUAGCGGCUUCUUUGGCAACAGUGGCGCCAACAGCUCUUACAGUCAGUAUGACCUUGUUGUGAUUCCCGAAGAGGGCGGCUUCAACAACACACUUGCUUCAUAUGAAGCAUGUGUCGGCGAUGUGGAAGAGGGAUACGCUGGUGACAAUGCUGCUGAGAUUUUCAUCUCUCGGUACACCAAGGAUGCUCGCUCUCGCUUGUCUUCCUACUUCCCCCCUGACUUCAACCUGACGACCAUGGAUGUGCUCGCCAUGCAAAAUCUCUGCGUGUACGAGUACACCAGUCUCGGUGGCUCGUCGUUCUGCUCUCUAUUCACUGAGCAGGAGUGGAAGGACUUCGAGUACAACAUUGACGUGCAGUACUACGGAGAUUAUGCCUUCGGCGCCCCUAGUGGCCGAGCCCAAGGUAUCGGAUACGUGUUGGAGCUCGCAGCUCGUCUCCAAAACAAGCUUAUCACCUCCAGUGAUACAAGCAUCAACUACACCUACACCGACAACACUGCGCAGUUCCCACUCGGACAGCCCUUCUACAUGGACAUGUCUCAUGACGACAUCAUUCUGUCCGUGGUCAGCGCUCUCGGUCUUGAGUACUUCAACUAUGGUCCCAAGGGUCUGCCAGGUGACAUUGACCAUGCGCCCGAGCGUACAUUCUCUCUCAGCCAGAUGACUCCCUUCGGUGCCCGGCUCAUGUCUGAGAUCUGGACCUGCCCAAGUGAUACCUCAUUUGAGUCUUUGGACCCUGUUCUCUACAGCAACCCUAGUCUCAAAUCGACUGCGGACACUAAGGACUACAUUCGGUUCGUGCUGAACAACGCACCCCUCCCACUUGAUGGACUUGCGGAAUGUGAGGGUUCGAAGAAUGGUUUCUGUCACGUCGAGAAGUUCCUGCGUGGUGUCCCUGCCAUGAAGCGCAAGGCGCAAUAUCAGAAGGCUUGCUUUGGUAAAUACGACGGUGGAAGCCAGGUCGGCGAUGGCGCUCCUGAGUCUUAG